UACAAUCAACCCCCCAGAAAUUCUCCGUCCCCAUCAUCUCUCCAUUUCCAUAUCCUCUGCUACUUUUCCUCUCUUUCCGUCUAUAUAUAUACCCCCCCUUUUCUUUUCUUUUCCUUUCUUUUCAUUUUCCCUCUCUCCCCUUAUUCAAUCAAUACAGUUCAAUUCUGUUCAAUUCUCAUAUGUCUGCAAUCUGGCGAUGCAAGUCCCACCUCAAGCACCACCUCAGACACCUCAAACACCUCUCCUCUUCCCCCCACCUCACUUCCCCUCUUCUUCUUUUUCCCCCAAUUCACCAUCCUCUCCUUCAACACCGUUUCAAAUGGGACACUCCCUCUGGUGGUAGUGGUGGUGACAAUUUUACCAAUAAUCGUAAAAUCAGGGCCGAAACUAACUGUCCCAGAUGUUCUAAACACAUGGAUCUCUUGUUUUCUUCGUCCAAUCUCUCCCCUCCGGUUCCUACUGCUAUUGAUGGUGCCACCUUCCAGGGAGUCAACAUCUGUCCCAAUUGUAAAUCUGCUUACUACUUUCGGCCUUAUAGGAUUGCCCCUCUUCAAGGCAGCUUCGUUGAAAUCAACGUCAGUAGUAAUGGUUAUAAUAGUAGUGGCAGAAGGAGGUUGAAGAAGGUUUCGAGUGGUGGUGAUGAGAGGACUUAUGGAGGAGACCCUCCUCCGCCUUCGAAUGGUUUGGCUGUGCAUACACCGCCGGGCCCCCCUUUUGCACCUGGGGUUAAUGUGGUUCGAGCUGUGGGACCCAAUCACGGUGUUGGUGAGGGUGGUGGUGGAUGGGGUGGGGCUAAUUUGGGGAAGAAUUUGCCUACGCCAAAGGAGAUUUGCAAAGGUCUUGAUAAGUUUGUGAUUGGUCAAGAGAGAGCCAAAAAGGUGCUUUCGGUGGCUGUUCAUAACCACUAUAAGAGGAUUUAUAAUGCUUCCUUGCAAAAAGGGUCAGGGGGGGAAUCAGGGACCAUGGCAGCAAUAGAUGAUGAUGAUAAUGUAGAGUUAGAAAAGAGCAAUGUACUUUUAAUGGGGCCAACUGGUUCAGGGAAGACUUUACUUGCAAAAACACUAGCUCGUUUUGUCAAUGUGCCAUUUGUCAUUGCUGAUGCAACGACCUUAACUCAGGCUGGUUAUGUUGGGGAAGAUGUUGAAUCAAUAUUGUAUAAACUUCUUAUGGCGUCUGAAUUCAAUGUUCAAGCAGCUCAACAAGGGAUUGUUUAUAUUGAUGAAGUUGAUAAAAUAACUAAGAAGGCAGAGAGCUUAAAUAUUAGUAGAGAUGUUUCUGGUGAGGGUGUACAACAGGCAUUAUUGAAGAUGCUUGAAGGAACUAUAGUGAAUGUUCCAGAGAAGGGGGCAAGAAAGCAUCCUCGGGGUGAUAACAUACAGAUAGAUACAAAAGACAUCCUCUUCAUAUGUGGUGGAGCAUUUAUUGAUCUUGAGAAAACCAUUUCAGAGAGACGGCAAGAUUCUUCAAUUGGUUUUGGAGCUCCUGUUCGUGCAAACAUGAGAGCUGGUGGAGUAAUUGAUGCUGCAGUGGCAUCAUCUUUGCUUGAAACGGUUGAGAGUUCUGAUCUCAUUUCAUAUGGCCUUAUACCUGAAUUUAUUGGUCGCUUUCCAAUAUUAGUUAGUUUGUCAGCUCUAACUGAGGACCAACUUGUUAAGGUCCUUAUGGAACCAAAAAAUGCACUUGGUAAGCAGUACAAGAAGUUGUUUAGCAUGAACAAUGUGAAGUUACAUUUCACUGAGAAAGCACUAAGAUUGAUUGCCGAAAAAGCCAUGGCUAAGAAUACCGGUGCCAGGGGUUUGAGAGCCAUACUAGAAAGCAUUUUAACUGAAGCUAUGUAUGAGAUUCCAGAUGUAAAGACAGGUAGUGAUAGAGUAGAUGCUGUUGUGAUAGAUGAGCAGUCGGUGGGCUCAGUAAGUGCUCCAGGAUGUGGUGGCAAAAUUCUUCAUGGAGAAGGUGCAUUAGACCGAUAUCUUGCUGGGGAAAAGUUGAAAGAUUCAGCGGAAAGUGCUGAAGCAACUGAUAGAGAGUUAGUGGAGGGUGAAGCAGAGGUUUCAUCAAGAGCCAUGAGCAUGUAACAUUACAACAACAAUUGAAUCGUUGCAAUAUAAUUUCUACUGUUAUUCCUAACGUUAUUUGUAAAAAUCAAAUUCAUAAGUAAGUGGGUGUAAUUAAUUAUUAUCCCCUUAUAAAACAGCUUAGUUUCUGGUUCAUAAAUUCAUUGGAAGGAGGAAAGGGAAAAAGAAAGAUGUAAUGUAGCAUUCUUAUUUCAAGCAGCACAUUGUACAAAAAUAUGUUGCAUUCAAAGAAGAAAUUCUACUUCUAUAGAGAUGGUAGUUUUUGUCUUUCCAUAA